UUUUCAUCAUUUGAACGUUCAUUCUCACCUACCUUCUAUUAUUACAGGUCUGUUCUCUGUUGCAGGAAGGGUUUGAUGACGGAACGCAUAUGCAAUUUUAAAAAAUGAACCUUUAUUUUGAAGCUUCGAAAAUCCUCGAUAGUCUAGACGCAAGAACAGGGUCGAUCAAAGGGGUCCUUGCUACGUUGCCUGAGAAGGACCGCAAGAGGACUUCUGCCUUGGUCAUUGAGACACUGAAAUACAAAGCUGUACUGACCCAAGUGAUAAAUGAGACGAACCUAUUACCGGGUUUCUACAAAAUAAUGAGAAUCGAUCGAACUUUUUUUCGGCUGCCCAAUAUAGUAAUUCCCCAUCUUGGAUUCCACCAAAUGCAUAAGCACUGCGAAUUAUACCUUCCUGACGUACAACUUGGCUAUAUUCCUCCGAAUUAUCCAUCAAAGGCUCUGAUAUCACCACCCAGGCCUUUGGUUUGUGAUCCUCGUGAAUCCGCUAAUCUGGUCUGUCAAAUCCCAAAUCAGCGGUAUUUUCUUCAUCACUGCAGGCUCCAUUGCAUGACUUGAUGACACCAAAACAUUGUGUACUGCUUUGGGAAUCAAUUCUAAACUGUUUAUUCUAUCAUUACUGUUGCUCUUGGUGUUGAGUCGCUGUUGAAAGAAAACCG